CACACUCAUUUUAGCCAGUGCCCAGGCUAUCAGAGGAGAAAAGACAGGUGGGUAGCAUGGCUCCAGGCGAAAAGGAAAGGGAGGAGGGCCCAGCCAAGAGUGCCCUCCGGAAGAUACGCACAGCCACCCUUGUCAUCAACUUGGCCCGAGGUUGGCAGCAGUGGGCAAAUGAGAACAGCACCAGGCAGGCCCAGGAGCCUUCAGGCUGGCUGCCGGGAGGGACCCAGGACCCACCCCAAGCUCCUAAACCAAUCACAUGCCCUACUCCACACCAGAAAGCUCAGAGUGCCCCAAAGUCGCCACCCCAAACACCGGAAGGACAUGGAGAUGGACAAAGCUCAGAGAAAGCCCCUGAGGUUUCUCACAUCAAAAAGAAAGAGGUGACCAAAACGGUGGUCAGCAAGGCUUAUGAGAGAGGAGGGGACGUGAGCCACCUCAGCCACAGGUACGAGCGGGAUGCUGGUGUGCCUGAACCAGAGAAUGACAUUGACAGAAUCCUCCACAGCCACAGCUCCCCAACACGGAGAAGAAAGUGUGCCAACCUGGUGUCUGAGCUGACCAAGGGCUGGAGAGUGGUGGAACAGGAGGAGCCCACAGGGAGGAGUGACAGCAUAGACACAGAGGACAGCGGCUACGGAGGAGAGGGCGAGGAGAGGUCGGAGCAGGAUGGAGGACAGGUGGCUGUGGCCAGGAUCAAGCGCCCCUUGCCUUCCCAGGUAAACAGAUUUACAGAGAAACUCAACUGCAAAGCCCAACAGAAAUAUAGCCAAGUGGGCAACUUGAAAGGGAGAUGGCAGCAAUGGGCUGAUGAACACAUACAAUCCCAGAAGCUCAAUCCUUUCAGUGAAGAGUUUGAUUAUGAGCUGGCCAUGUCCACCCGCCUACACAAAGGUGACGAGGGCUAUGGCCGCCCCAAGGAAGGAACCAAAACCGCUGAAAGGGCCAAGCGCGCUGAGGAGCACAUCUACAGGGAAAUCAUGGACAUGUGCUUCAUUAUCCGCACGAUGGCUCGCCACAGACGAGACGGCAAGAUCCAGGUCACAUUUGGAGAUCUCUUUGACAGAUAUGUUCGUAUUUCAGAUAAAGUAGUGGGCAUUCUCAUGCGUGCCAGGAAGCACGGACUAGUAGACUUUGAAGGAGAGAUGCUAUGGCAAGGCCGAGAUGACCAUGUUGUGAUUACACUACUCAAGUGAACCUUCAGAAACAAAAGCCAAAUUUGGCCCACUGUUGUCUUAAUGCUAAAUGCUCAUGUGUGUAAAAAGAAAAUGCAAACUCUCUGUAAUAAGUUAGUAAAUAUUAAACAAUUUUUACAUAAGUGACUUUCUUGCAUUCUAUUUCUAGAAUGAGGAAGUUUGGGGAUUCUGAGAAAGCAUACACAAAGCAUUUCAGAAAGCACAUGUUAUUAACAUAAUAAUAGUAUUAAUGGUUGAAAUUCCACAGGUUUUUUUUUUUUUUUUUUUUUUUUUUUUUUUUGAGACAGGUUCUCUGUAUGUCACUAAAGCUGGUCUUUUAACUCCUGGCCUCAAGCGAUCCUCUCACCUCAGACUCUCAAGUAGCUGAGAUUACAGGCAUGAGCCACAGUCCCCAGCUACUUAUAUUUUUAGGCAAAAUAUUUAGCUAUUCAUUGCAGAAACUAUGACAGAUUUUUAAUUAAAUGUUAAAUCUAAGAAUAAUGCUGAUUUUAGAUACAUUAUCAGCAGAACAUAUAAUAAUGUGUCUUUAUUUGGAAAAAAGAAAAUUCCAUUAAGUUUGUUAAAACUAAACAAAAGUUUUUCAGAAGCUCGACUUUGUAUUAUUGUGUAUAUCAUAGCAUCACUUACAAAACAGGCACAUAUAUAAAAAGUUAAGUUGUGAAUAUAUUGCUGAAAUUGUUGAAGUUCCUCUGUGGGCUUGUAUUCUAACAGGUUUCCAGUAAGAGUUCACCUUCUUUCUGUGUGAUUUGAGCAAAUCACAUAAAAACAGUCAGUAGUUGUCUUAGCACCAAGAAAGAAGGCAACCUUCACUAAAAGUAGAGCAGAGGUGAGAGAUUCAGUUUUACUUGCCUUUGUAGGAUUUCUUGGAGAAGUUUACUGUUUCAUUACAAAUCAUUUGUAUGUCAGCAUAUAAAUGAGUCAUGCUCUUGCAUUUAUAUCAAUGCACAAUGGAGAAAUACAGAAAAUCUAUGAAGUGGAAUGUUCAGUAUUAGACAAAGCCCAUAGAGUCACUGGUGAAAUUAAAAACUGAUUUGAGACAAUUUAAUUUUCCUCAUACUGUAACAAAGAAAACUUUAUGGAAUGUCCAAAAGUCAUAAAACAGCUAUAUUAGUUCUGCCAAAGUAAAAAAUAAAUAGUUACUAUGAUGGCAAGGAGAAAAAUCAUCUGACAUAAAUGUGUUGUCUAUUUUUUUCCUUAAUAGAUGUAAUGUGUCUAUAUGAUCUUAAAAACAAAUGGAAUGGAAUGUGAGACUGCAAUUCUUACUGAAUUCAAUGAAAGUUACUAAAUGCAUUGACAGUAUAGCACUUUGGUGUUAAAUGUAAAAGUUAAAGUCAAAAUAUGAUACCUCAAAAUAAUAGGUAUUAUUGUGCUGUAAGAAUUAUGUUUGUUUUCAUGCAUAAUUCUCCUUCAAACUGAAGGUUCUGAUAUUAAGAAAGUAUGUGUAUUUUUUCCCAUACCAUAUUUAUAAAGCUACAAAUUAAUGAUCAAUAUUUCUAAGUAGGAUUUCAUAUAAGAUGCACAUUUCUAUUACAAGUGAAACCUAUGCCAAAAUUUAAAGACAAAUAGCAUA